CGGAGUCAACAGAAGUUCGAGAGCGAUCAAAUGGAGAGGGUUGCCAGGUACGCGGCGGAGCGCGGACUCGAUGUGCCUGGCACAGGUGGUGUGAGGGGAGGAGAGGCGGGGCGGCAGCCCGUGGAGGGAGCGUCAGGAGGGGUCGGGGGAGAUGGUGGAGGUGGAGACACGGAGGAGGGCGCGAUCGAUGUCGAUCGCGAGGCGCGUGUCCCGGGCGAGCAGGGAGUCCCGGGACACGAGGACGUGCUUGAGGUUUAUGCAGGCACUGGGGAGAGGAUGGAGGACUUUUUGAGGCGAGCAGCCAAGGGACCUGUAGGGGAGGGUUCUUCCAAGAGGAAGGAAGGUGGAACAGAUCCGGCCGCCGCCCCAGCUGGGAAGAGGCUUCGCCAGCAAAAGGCGGUGGAAACCCACCGUGAGGAGCUGGCGGAGGAGUUGGAGGAGGUGAGGCAGCCAUUCUGGAUCACUGGUGCCACCCUCCUCUCCAACGGGAGGAAAUCACGAGACGGGAGAUCAAUCGUGAAUUUCCUUGCCGCCGGCUCGCGAGGGGUCGUCAUGUACACGACGAUCAAUCGCGAGGGCGAGCAGGACGAUGCAGUGCACGUCCUUCGGAGAUGGGUGACCAUCUUCCACGAGUUUAGUUUCGGCGGCCCAUGGGAGCCUUGGUGGCACACGAUGGCCACCAUACUCCACAUCAUGCAGCCCGUCAUGGAGCUGCUUAGGCGGAUGGAUCGUGGGGGGCAGUACAUGUCCCUCAUGAUCGAGUGGACACAUGAUCUUGUCCGCCGUGUCACUGAUGCAUGCGCUCCUUUGGGGAGGGUUUUCGCUGACCGCAUCAUCAGGCAUGUGCAGGCUCGCACACAGCACAUGCUGGAACCUGCUCACUGCGCGGGGUUCUUACUGAACCCCCGCAGGCGACAUGUUGAGUACUUUUCGGGCGAGGUGAGGGAUUACCCUGGUUGGCUUGUGAGGCAAGCCAAGGGGUACAUUUUGACGCAGACGGGUUUCGAGGAGGAUGAUACGGAGUACAUCAUUGCAUGUCGGCAGUUUGAGGACUUCCACAUGCAGCAGGGCACAUUUGGGGAUUGGGGAGGGGGGGAGGGGCGUGCUUGUGGGCGUGCUUGCAGCGGCGUCAGGGAGACGAUUGAGUGCGCGUCCUGGUGGUCUCAGUACGGGUCUGGCGCACCUGAGUUGCAGCGUUGCGCUCUUCGUGUGAUGCACAUGUGGUCUUGCGCCUCUCCAGCGGAGAGGAACUGGGCAGUCCACGAGGGCAUUCACACGAAGAAGCGCAACCAGUUGGCCUUUGAGAAGGUCGUUCAGCUCAUUGAGAUCACCGCGAAUGUGCGGUUGUCGGAGUAUCGACGGGCUGGGUGUGGUUAUGUGCUGCCAUGGCAGCGGGACGAGGGCAUGCUAGACUGCCAGGCCGGACUGGAGUUGGAGCCAGUGCGCACGGGCACGCGCAGGGGGAUGACGUCGGAGGAGAUUGCCCGUCAGGUUGCGCUUAUCACCCGGGAUCCCAUUGGGGUCUCCGCACCACCCGCCGCUGAGGCCGUAUUCGGUAGACAUGCUUCCAUUUUCCGUCCUUACCCCAGGGAGGAUGAUUCAGACAAGGAGUCGGUACCCGAGGCAGCGAACCACCCCGCGCUCCGCAUUCCCCGUGAGAUCGACGAGACGCACGAGGAUCCCGAGGAGGAGACCAGGGCGCAUACUGCACGACGGGCGGCGGACAGGGCGGAGAGGGAGAUGAUGGGGGGAGAGGAGGAGUUGUGGGGACCGUUCGGGGAAGUUGCUUCCACGGGCGGCACAGGAGCGCGGGCGACGAGCCCCGCUCCGACGAGGCGGGAGUCGUCCGUGCCGCCACCUUCUGCUCCGAGUCCUGCACCGCCAUCGCCCGUCGCGCCAUACGAUCCGACCACAGCAGCAGAGGACACAGAGGAGUUGGCGUCCUCUUUGCCUCAGCGCGGACUACUCCACAGAGGCGGGGUAGUCCGACAACUGAGGUUACGAUCACCUUCUCCGGGGGUCUUGCAGGAGGAGGGGGGACCGUCGGCAGCGACAGUGGAGGGGGAGAUGGCAGUGGAGGGGGAGAUGGCAGUGGAGGGGGGAUUGGCGGACACGACGAUUGCAGGUGUGGUGGACCAGAUAGCUGUAGCAGCAGCGACUUCAUUGCUAGAGGAGCUAGCAACUUCAGUGUUGGCGGAGGAGGCACCAACGCCAGGGGGAGCAGAUGCAGUGGAGGGGCAGGCGGGAGCAACUGGAGGAGCAGUGGGAGGAGCAGCGGGAGGAGCAGCUGGAGGAGCAGCUGGAGGAGCAGCUGCACAGGAUGGGCUUGUGGCUGCAGCAGCAGGAGCAGCUGGAGGAGCAGAUGCAGUGGAGGGGGGAGUGCCAGGAGCAGUGGAGGAGGAGAUAGGGGCACAGGCGGAGGUGUCGCGUGGGGGCGGCGACGAGCGCCUCAUGCAGCAGUUCCUCACGGAGCAGUACGAUCCAGUCAUGGCGGGUGUGACUCCAGGUGUGGCGAGGGGCUUGGGGAUCUCGGAUUCGCAGAUGGGGAGCCACCUGGACUUAGAUAUGUCGAUGGGAUUUCCACCUAGUUGCGGCGGGGCGACAUCGACGGAUCGCGCUCCAUCGAGGGACGACGCGGCUGGAGAGAGUCACACGCAGCCCCAGAGAGAGACGACGACGGGGUCUCCGGAUGCGGCACUCGACAUCAUGGAGCGAGAGAGGGCUCGACUUAUGGCAUCGACUAACCCGCAUGCUCAAGCGUUCGCACGGGCGUUGGAGGAUGCGAGGCGUCGAGAGACAGGGGGGGAUUGUGUGGAGGGUGGGGUCACUGGGGUGGUUGCGGGGGAGGAUGUUGUGGAGGGGGGUGGGCGAGAGGCAGCGGAUGUUCAUGUGGAGGGCUUGCAACAGGCGGUGGAUAAGGCUGUGCAGGCAGGACGGCGGCGGGACGAGGGUGUGGGUGACGCACGAUGUGUGGUCCAGGAGACAGCGACGGGUCCAGUCGUUCCGUUCUCGGGCCUGCACUUGGCUCAGGGCCGACAGUCGCAGCCGGUGCCGGUGGCAGUGCAUGGUGUGCCGCCGCCCGUUAUCACGGAUUUGGGGUCCGAGCCGGUGGUUGCGCCACCGCGUUUUCCUAGUCACUUUGCUCCGCAGGAGGUCCGUCGUCCUUUGGAUGCAGACGAGUUGCCGAGAGAGGCUGUCCGCGAUGUGACUCGCUUGGACCGACAGAUCUUUGACCAGAGGCUACAACAUCCUGCAUGGCAGGCGAUCCCUCCAGUUCCAUGGGGUCCUGCAUCGCCGCCGGGUUUAGGACCCCGCGGCGGCAGGAUGACCGCAGCGAGGGAGGUGGCAGCAUCAGGUUGUGAGCCUCAGCGAGGUCGCGGCAGAGGAGUGUCCGCCGAUAGCUUGGAGCACGCUCUGAGAGCAGUGACGCGUGCCGUACUUGAGCAGACUCCACGCAAGCGCGGAGUGCCUCCUCGUCCACGCCCCGUGCCCGCACAGGGAGGAGAUGCACUUGGAGAGACUUCGGGGGCAGAGGGGUUGGGGAUGCCUCGUGGAUCGCGCCGUGAGCAGACGGUUGCAGAGGCUAGUGCGAGGGUUGUUGAGUUGAGGAAGGCAGGAGCCCCUGUCACCAUCGAGUAGGAUGAUUCUGAGACAGAUGUGGCAGUGCGGGAGGAGGACGAGGACUAUGAGGGCGAGGAGGAGGGAGAGGAGGAGAGCGAGAAAGGUUCCGAUGGUGACUACGACGACGCCCAGCACGA